AUGUCCUUGAACCCUGCUGCCACUCGUCUGCAGAACACAUGCCUUAAGGGCCAGAGAGAGAGAGCGAGCGAGCGCAGACGAGAGCGAGCGCAGACGAGAGCGAGCGAGCGCAGACAAGAGAGCGAGCGAGCGCAGACAAGAGAGCGAGCGAGCGCAGACAAGAGAGCGAGCGAGCGCAGACAAGAGAGCGAGCGAGCGCAGACAAGAGAGCGAGCGAGCGCAGACAAGAGAGCGAGCGAGCGCAGACAAGAGAGCGAGCGAGCGCAGACAAGAGCGAGAGCGAGCGCAGACAAGAGAGAGAGCGAGCGCAGACAAGAGAGAGAGCGAGCGCAGACAAGAGAGAGAGCGAGCGAGCGCAGACAAGAGAGAGAGCGAGCGAGCGCAGACAAGAGAGAGCGAGCGAGCGCAGGCAAGAGAGAGCGAGCGAGCGCAGGCAAGAGAGAGCGAGCGAGCGCAGGCAAGAGCGAGCGAGCGAAAGAGCAGGCAAGAGCGAGCGAGCGAAAGAGCAGGCAAGAGAGCGAGAGAAAGCAGGCAAGAGAGCGAGAGAAAGCAGGCAAGAGAGCGAGAGAAAGCAGGCAAGAGAGCGAGAGAAAGCAGGCAAGAGAGCGAGAGAAAGCAGGCAAGAGAGCGAGAGCAAGCAAGAGAGCGAGAGCAAGCAAGAGAGAGCGAGAGCGCAAGAGAGAGCGAGAACGCAAGAGAGAGCGAGAAAGCGAGAGAGAGCGAGAGAGAAAGCGAGAGAGAGCGAGAGAGAAAGCGAGAGAGAGAGAGAGAGAAAGCGAGAGAGAGAGAGAGAGAAAGCGAGAGAGAGAGAGAGAGAGAGAAAGCGAGAGAGAGAGAGAGAGAGAAAGCGAGAGAGAGAGAGAGAGAGAAAGCGAGAGAGAGAGAGAGAGAGAAAGCGAGAGAGAGAGAGAGAGAGAAAGCGAGAGAGAGAGAGAGAGAGAAAGCGAGAGAGAGAGAGAGAGAAAGCGAGAGAGAGAGAGAGAAAGCGAGAGAGAGAGAGAGAGAGAGAAAGCGAGAGAGAGAGAGAGAGAAAGCGAGAGAGAGAGAGAGAAAGCGAGAGAGAGAGAGAGAAAGCGAGAGAGAGAGAAAGCAAGCAGGCGAGAGAGAGAAAGCAAGCAGGCGAGAGAGAGAAAGCAAGCAGGCGAGAGAGAGAAAGCAAGCAGGCGAGAGAGAGAAAGCAAGCAGAGAGAGAGAGAGAGAGAGAGCAGGCAAGAGAGAGAGAGAGAGAGCAGGCAAGAGAGAGAGAGAGAGAGAGAGCAGGCAAGAGAGAGAGAGAGAGAGCAGGCAAGAGAGAGAGAGAGAGAGCAGGCAAGAGAGAGAGAGAGAGAGCAGGCAAGAGAGAGAGAGAGAGCAGGCAAGAGAGAGAGAGAGAGCAGGCAAGAG